AUGCACGAAACCGAGCUUACGGACUUCAAAAGCCACCAGCGGUCGCUUCGGGCAUCAUCUGCUCGUCCAGGACGGACAGCCCCAUGGAUGCAGAACGUGCUGUUUCUGGUCUUGCACCUUGCGCUGGCCACCACAUGGAUUAUUACACUCUUCUAUCACAACCGCUUGUCCGUGUUCUUUGAUCCGCCGGUGCAUCCCAGUCGGCCGUGGAAAGGGUCGGGCUUCAACUUCGAGCAUUGCCCGGCCAUGUCGCAUGAUGACCCCCUACCAGACGCCCAUCAUGGUGCUGAUACCGGGGGAGCCGGCGAGGCGUCCGGCUUACAAGAAUUCGAGUUCGCAUCUGCCUCGGAGGCAGUUGAAUACGUGCCAUAUCGGUUUGAGCAGAGUCGAUGGACCGGAGAACCCAGCGAGGACACAAGUCCCUAUGAAGGGCCCCCUACCGGCGCGGUGAAUCUGCAGUGGCGGCACUUGGUGGAUGUUGGGAUUCUGGCACUGAACCCGGAGCAGGAGGCCUCGCUCCUCGAGCCCACCAUGCCGGCCACGGUCAACGAUUCCACCGCUCUCAUCCAGCUCGAUGUCUUCCAUCAAUUGCACUGUCUGAACUCCAUCCGGAAAUAUGUCUACCAGCCCGUCGACUGGCGGAACGACAACACGACCGACCAGGCGGCGGUGAAAUACAUUGUGCACAUCAAUCACUGCAUUGAGUACUUGCGGCAGGCUCUCAUGUGCCACAGCGACCUCUCGGUGAUUGUGCAUUCCCCACGCGUGCCACAUCCGGGGCCCGAGUAUCCCAUCUGGAAGGCCAACUUCUCCACCCAGCAUACCUGUCGGAACUUUUGGAAGAUCCACGAGUGGGCCAAGCAGUACAAUACAUCGGGGUUUGAGAUUGAAAGAUGGCAUGAUGCGGAAUUUGCGUGA